GCGCUGCAAGCUCACCCGCGGGCGGGAGGGCGCCACGCACGUCGCCGCGGCCGUCCCCGCGGGCGGGGACCGAGCCCGUCGCCGAGCCUCCGAGCAGCCGCGCGCCGAGCCCCGACUCUAUGGCCCGCGGGGAGCGCGCCGCCGCUGCGCCGCCCACCCGCAGCCGGAACCCGAGCUCCAGCACCAGGCAGAGCGCAGCGGCGCGCGCCGCGGGCCGGGGCCCAGGGGCCCGGCCGCCCCGGGCGCGGGGCAUGGGAGCCCGGUAACCCGGCGGUGCGAGGACCCCCGCGGCGGGCAGGACCCGCCGAGCGAAGACCGCCAAGCCCAGGGAGAGCCAGAGACAGCGAACCGCCCGCCCCCAGCCGCAGCCCCGCCAGGGCCCUCCCCCGGCGGCGCGCACCCGCGCGCGCACACACUUGCACACCUUUCCUCCGCUUGUGCCCAGCCUCGCCUGGCCCCCGCCGGAGCACCCCAGGGGGGCCGAUGCCAUGGGUAACAACUUCUCCAGUGUCUCCUCUCUGCAGCGAGGAAACCCCAGCCGUGCGUCGCGGGGCCACCCCCAGAACCUCAAAGACUCCAUCGGGAGCUCCUUCCCGGUCCCCUCUCACCGAUGCCAUCACAAGCAGAAGCAUUGCCCGCCCGCGCUGUCAGGUGGGGGGCUCCCGGCCACACCGCUGCUCUUCCACCCCCACACUAAGGGCUCCCAGAUCCUCAUGGACCUCAGCCACAAGGCCGUCAAGAGGCAGGCCAGCUUCUGUAAUGCCAUCACCUUCAGCAACCGCCCCGUCCUCAUCUACGAGCAAGUCAGGCUGAAGAUCACCAAGAAGCAGUGCUGCUGGAGCGGGGCCCUGCGACUUGGCUUCACCAGCAAGGACCCUUCCCGCAUCCACCCCGACUCACUGCCCAAGUACGCCUGCCCUGACCUGGUGUCCCAGAGUGGCUUCUGGGCCAAAGCGUUGCCUGAGGAGUUUGCCAACGAGGGCAACAUCAUUGCCUUCUGGGUGGACAAGAAGGGCCGAGUCUUCUACCGGAUCAAUGAGUCGGCUGCCAUGCUGUUCUUCAGCGGGGUUCGAACGGCGGACCCGCUCUGGGCCCUGGUGGACGUCUACGGCCUCACACGGGGUGUCCAGCUGCUAGACAGCGAGCUGGUGCUGCCUGACUGCCUGAGGCCGCGCUCCUUCACCGCGCUGCGGCGGCCGUCGCUGCGGUGCGAGGCGGACGAGGCGCGCCUGUCUGUGAGCCUGUGCGACCUCAACGUGCCGGGAGCCGACGGCGAGGACGGCGCACCGCCCGCCGGCUGCCCGAUCCCGCAGAACUCGCUCAACUCUCAGCACAGCCGCGCGCUGCCGGCGCAGCUCGACGGCGACCUGCGCUUCCACGCUCUGCGCGCCGGCGCGCACGUCCGCAUCCUGGACGAGCAAACCGUGGCGCGCCUAGAGCACGGGCGCGACGAGCGCGCGCUCGUCUUCACCAGCCGGCCGGUGCGCGUGGCCGAGACCAUCUUCAUCAAGGUCACGCGCUCAGGCGGUGCGCGACCAGGAGCGCUGUCCUUCGGGGUCACCACGUGUGACCCUGGCACGCUGCGGCCCGCCGACCUGCCCUUCAGCCCCGAGGCCCUGGUGGACCGCAAGGAGUUCUGGGCGGUGUGUCGCGUGCCUGGGCCUCUGCACAGUGGUGACAUCCUGGGCCUGGUGGUCAAUGCGGACGGAGAGCUGCACCUAAGUCACAACGGCGCGCCGGCCGGCAUGCAGCUAUGCGUGGACGCCUCGCAGCCCCUCUGGAUGCUCUUCAGCCUGCACGGCGCCAUCACGCAGGUCCGCAUCCUUGGAACAGCCCCCAACUCACCUGUGAGCCUGCCCGAGUCACCAGUGACCCCGGGUCUGGGCCAGUGGAGCGAUGAAUGCACCAUUUGCUAUGAACACGCAGUGGAUACAGUCAUCUACACGUGUGGCCACAUGUGCCUGUGCUACUCCUGUGGCCUGCGCCUCAAGAAGGCCCUGCACGCCUGCUGCCCCAUCUGCCGUCGCCCCAUCAAGGACAUCAUCAAGACCUACCGCAGCUCCUAGCCCACUGCAGAGCCCCACCCGCACGCCCACUUCUGCAGACUGCAGCCCAGCACCAGCCGAGGGCAAAGCCAACAGGGUCCCUUCCUUCUACAGUUUGCAAACUCUCCCUCCUUUGUCCAUUAAACAUGGGAAACCAAGGUCCCUGAAGGUUUGGGCUGAGAGGGUCUCAGGCAGGGAGGUGGGGCACAAGUAGUGAACGGAGGGGGGGGAGAAGGGUACCCCACCAUCUCUCCUCUUUACACAGAUUUCUGCAUGCUGAGGGGCUGAAGUAGCGUUUCAGCUUGUUGCCAUCCCUCCCGAGCUAGGCAGAUUUCUAGGUUGUGCAGCCCGCGUGGCAUCUUGGAGAGAGUUAGCGAACAUGUAGCUUCUGGGCAGCUGCAAACUGCAUGCCGUGUCUCUUUCUCCUUACCCACAGCGGGUAGACAGACAGGCUGCAGAUCCCAAGUCCUACGUCCUUGACCUCACGUCGACCUGCCACGUCCAGGACGCCCCGUUUGCCCUGAUUUUCGCCAAUCAUCUCACUGGUGCCGUUUCCCAGGGUGCCCUGCGGUAAAGGCUGACUCGGGCCUUUCUGUUGUCGGGGUCUCAAAAGAACAGGUCCACAGUCACACUUAAGGCCUGCCCUCCCUCAUCUCGGCCUGGGCUGGUCUUGCCAUCGUUUGCCUGGGAGGGACAGGACCCUUCGGUGGGGUGGGGGUUUCCUGGCCCAUAGACAGCCCCUUUUCCUUAUUUUAAUUUAUUUAUUUAUUUGGUUGAUGGGUCUUGUUGAUGGGUUAUGUUCCAACCUGGGUUCUCCUAAAAUACUGCUGUUGUGCGGGGGGAGGGCUGCCAGGUGAAGGGAAGCAAGGAGUAGCCACCCAGAAUAAUCUGCCCCCAACACAAGGCUCAUGGGCAGUCCUGCUCACCCUGAGGUAGAAUUCCAGGCUGGAGGCCUCCCAAGAGGUGGAUGAGCCUCUCAUGGGUGGGAACCACCCACAUCCACCUGUGCCCUUCCUCUCUGGAUUGGAGCUCCAUUAGUGUGGCUGGUUCUGAUGUCUUUAAGGACAUCAGACGUUCUGGAAGGUUGUCAACAUGUGGGUCAGGGACCAGAAUAGAGACCCUAGUUAGAAGAGGGAGGACGGAUCCUGAAAGCCAGGCUCUGCUCCUAAGGGGGUGUCUGCUAUUUACGGCCCCCAGUCCUACCUGCCUGUUCUGGGUUACUGUGGAGUUGUAGCCUAGGCUUUCCCAGCCUUUCAGUCCUCGGCCCUCAUGGCUGGUUUUAUACCCACAGAGGUGACUUCUGCCUUAAGAGGCAAGGUCUGUGUCUCUGUCCCGGCCACUGGGCAGCCGUGUGGCUCUGACCACAGGUCACCCCCUCCCCCAAACUCCAGCUUCCCCUGGGUAAAAGUUUGGGGGUGGAACUUUUUCCGUGCAGCUCCUGGGAGUUCUUCUCAGGUCUCUUCGGAGGAAUGUACUGGGGAAGCCUUGAGAAUGGAUGCCAGGGUAAGCCUUUGCCCACACGGGGGAGUCUGGGCCACCCCUAGUCUCACCUCUCCAGUCACUGGCCCUGGUAGGUUCUUUCAGGCUGGAGCUGGCACGUCGAGCUGGGGCUCAUCCUAGCGGUGGGGGAAAGGCCCCAGUACAGAGCUGCGUGGCUGGAGAUGGGAAAAGAAGCCAUUGUCCAUCCUGCUAGUUCAGAGGUAGCAUUGCCUCCUUUGUGAACUGGGUCACUGUGUUUGUGAAUAAAGGUGAUUUCGUACCA